AUGGCCCAUGGACAUGGACAUGAACAUGGUCAUAGUAAAAUGAAACUUCCAGAUUAUAAACAAUGGAAGGUAGAAGGGACACUAUUAGAAACUGUCCAGGAGAAGCUGCCUGCACGGGGGCUAAGGGAUCCAUGGGGCUGCAGUGAAGCUUGGAGAUACAUGGGUGGCUUUGCAAAUAACGUGUCCUUUGUUGGUGCAUUAUUAAAAGGAUUCAAAUGGAGAUUUGCUACAUUUGUGGUAACUGUAGGGGCUGAAUAUUACCUGGAGUCCCGGAAAAAAGAUAAGAGGUAUCACUGA